AUGACCACUACCCCUGGCUUCCACCCCAAGAAGGAGAAACUGAAGAACAUCAAGGAAGAUCCCAUUCCUAAGCCCAAGCAGCUUGCCAAACAAGCAAGGAGUAAGACUAAGGCCCCUACACCAAAACCGCCCAAGGGAUCAACCAAGAUUGAAGAUGAGGCCAAGCCAAGAAGAAGGCAGUGUGCCAAGGGACAUUCAUGGAGAGAUUGUCUAUCCAGCUGUGAAUCACCCACCAGAUACUCAUUGCAAGGAGAAAAGACUUGGAGGAUCAAAGAUGCCUCUUGUCUCCAUCUUCUCCUGAGCGCCAAGCCUUACAGUCAAGCUAAAGACUUAAAACAAGCGCUGCAUGGGAGGCAACCCAUGAGGAUAGAAGGAGAAAAAGGUGUGAAAACACAAUCCGCGCCAAAACAUUGGCCGCGGACGCGCAAAAAAUUUUGGCCGAGCAAUUUCCAAUCGGGCCGACCGUACGGUCGAGCCGGGAAGGAACGGCUAUGCUCGGCCGGAGUUCACACGCGACAAAACCGUCGCGCGGCACGCACGAACAGAGAAGGAACGGCCGCGAUCGGCCGAUUUGUAUCGGAACGGACCGACCGUGCGGUCGAUCCGGGAAACAAACGAUCGGCCUCGGCCGAAAUUCUCUCGUCCAACGAAUUUGGCCGACCAAAUCGCUCGACCGCGACAAAAUCCAUCGGCCAUCGGCCCAAAAUUUUCUCGGCCAAGGAAGCUAGGCUUGAGCAAGCUCUUCAAGCUAGAUGUAGUGAGUACUCACAACUCACCAAGGAGUUCCUCUCCACAGUAGCUCUUGCCUUUCCCAACCACAAUGGAGACCAACCAGCUGGUGAUGGACUCCUACUCUUCAAGAUAGGCGAUGCCAAUGGGCGCAUCUCCAUCUCAGCUCUAUGCCAACUCUUUGGACUUCCCAAUGAGACAGCACAUGACUUCAAGGAGAACUCAAAGAGGAAACAAGCUGCCUUUGCUGAUUGGACACACUUUGCCAAUGAACCAUUCUUGCCUUCAAAAGCCAACAAGGUCACAACUGAUGAGUUCUACAUCCUCACCACACCAUUCAUCAAGCAUGAGUACAAGGCCAACCUUGGACUUUUACUUGCCAAGACAUUCAUCAAUGUGAGGAAGCUAGCUAAAGACUUGGAAGGCAACAAGAAGCUUUGUGUUCGUUUUGGGAGGCUUAUCACGGCCAUAGUGCAACAUGUGGGGAUUGACAUUCCCAACUAUGAGCCACUACCCAAGCCAACCCCUUUGGAUCUCCAUGCUCUUCAGCACAUCCACUUCCUAAACCGUUGGACUAAAGACCCAACUCGGUUUUGCUAUGAGUUUCCAAUUGGUCCAGCCAACACUUCCCUUGUCUUGCUGCCACAUGAAGACAUCCCAAGCCUACGCUCAGGAGUUGUCACUUUCCAGCCCAAUGAGGAAGACUUCUAUGUUCCAUCAAGUGAGAAACCAUCAUUCCCCAUGCUCACCUAUCGCACACUUCAGCAUGCAGUCAAGACUCAACGCCGCCACCAAGAACGCCAUGUUCUCACUACUGGCAUGGCGCGCACCAAGCUCUAG